CCGAAAAAUAACUUCUUGUGGCAAAAAUCAAAAACCAAAUACAAUAUAAAAAGAUGAUAAAAGAGUGUCGUAUAUGUCUGGAAAAAAGUCAAGAAUCAGAUUUGAUAAGUCCUUGUAAUUGCAAAGGAACUGUAGGUUCGGUUCACUUCAAGUGUUUGUCCCAAUGGAUUCAUAUUAACAAACAAAACAGUUCACCGGGAGUUCAACGGGAAUUAAUAACAGGUUCAUUUUUAUUAAUUGUAUCAAUUAUCACAAUGAUUGCCGUAUUUGUGAUAAGCAAAUAUGGACCGGUAUUUAAUGGGAUACUAUUGACUCAACUCUGGCAAAGAAAUCAUUACCGAGUGGUUCCGCGAACCAUACAAAACAUUAUUAACACAUAUUUAUUAACAAUUGUGUUGUUUAUUGUAAUUGCAUUGAAUGUCUACAUCUAUGUAUUGAUGCCAAUGACAGUCUUGUUUGUAACCAUCAGUCACUGGUUAGACAUUUGGCACAAUUAUAUCGAUUGGAAAGAAAAACACAAAACAAUUAUAUGUGUCUCAAGAACUGCCAUCAAAUCAUAA